AUGAAACUCUAUGUCUACCCGAUCAAGUCCCUCCGACCGACAACAAUCACCGAAGGGAUUCUAACCACACGCGGCUUUCAAUAUGACCGGCACUUCAUGCUCCUCAAGGUUGUCCCGGCAGGGGAUGGCUCAGGCUCCAUGGCUUUGAAGAACAUGCAUGUCCCACACUUUCCAGAGAUGGCCCUUUUCAGUACCGAUAUCGUGUAUCCGGAAGCCGAAACGGACAAUGGGAAAUUAAUUGUCACAUAUCAUCCUCCACCGUCCUCAGAGAUGGCUUCCGAACCCCGCGAAGUUAGACGACUAGAGGUUCCGCUCCAACCCAACUCAAAGAGCCUCGACCCACUCAAGAUCGUCAUGCACUCCAGUCCAACGCCAGGAUACAAUAUGGGCGCUAAGUACAAUGACUGGUUUAGCGACUGCUUCGGAUACCCUGUAGUCCUAGCGUAUCUAGGACCACAUUCGAGAGAGGUAUUGGGCACACUGGCACCUGCAAAGCAAGGUAGAAAGACCGUGUGGCGCGCAGCACGCGAAUACUUAAACAGGUCCGAUAGGAGAUGGGAAAUUAUUCUCCCGAUUCUUAUUGUAGCAUCAGCGAUCAGUAUGGUUCUGGACGGUGGCGCUAUCGUUCGCCACGGUAUAACCCCUCAAACAGCUCGCAGUCUCACGUCCACGGUUCUUUUUACUGCUGCUGGGCUGGUAUUUAUGUUGUAUGGUUUUUACACUCUGAACCCAUUACACGAAGACCGAAUCACCUUCGCCGACUGCGCGCCUUACCUCAUCAUCUCCGAGACAUCCGUCGACAAUGUCUCAGCGCGGCUUCCGGAUGGCGAAGACAUGGACCGGACGAAGUUCCGACCGAACAUCGUUGUUUCGGGCGCUGCGGAUGCCUUUGAAGAGGACUUCUGGGGCGCAUUAACUGUGCGCCCUGAAUUGGGGCGUGAGUCGGCCAGGCUGUUGCUGACGGGCAAUUGUGUGCGCUGCCAGAGCCUCAAUGUUGAUUACAAGACUGGGAAGAUGGGGACUGGUGAGUCUGGUGCUGUUUUGAAGAAGUUGAUGAAGGAUCGCAGGGUGGACACUGGGGCACGGUUUAGUCCUGUCUUUGGUAGAUAUUCCUUUUUGGAGCCAAGUGGCGAAGGUACUAGUCUCAAAGUUGGGGAUGAGGUUACGGUUGCUAAGCGAGAAACGGUCAGAUCUAUUGUUGAUUGGCCUGGCUUGACGAAUUGA